AUGAGAAUAUUCGAAGGACUGAUAGCAGUAGCUACAGCUUUGGCUCCGAAGAAGUUGUAUACCCUGAAAUCAGAUGUGCAGGUCGACGGGGUAAAAGUUCUUAAUGGCCAUCUCACCCUUUUCGGCCCACACUACAUCGGAAUCAUCGACAACGUCAAAUCAAAAUCAAUGAGCGUCAAGAGAAUGGUUCCCCGAGCAAUGAUCGACUCAAUCGCCUACCCAACAAAUAUCGGCCGCGUUCCUGACGCAACGUUCCCCGGCGCGAGGGGAAAAUGGUGGAUCACUUCAGCGGCUUUUAAUGGAACAUCUGGGCAUGUUUUCUUUGUAAAUCCGAAACCAAAAGGAACAAAUUAUAAAGGAAUUUCGGGCGAUGAUGAUUAUACUUAUGAAAACCUGAGAUUCGUGGAUAUGGAUUUGGAUGGAAAACUCGAUGUCAUCACUGCAAGAAGUUUGUCGAAUUCCAUCGGGGCAAAAGGAGAGCUUCUUUGGCUAAAACAGCCGGGCGGAAAUGGGCAUUGGCCGGCUACUUCUCUUCAUGAAGGAAUGGCAGAUGCGAAUUUCGAACUUCUUGAGCGACGAAACAAGAGAUACUUCAUCGUUGCUGGGCGAAAAUACAGUACAUUGGGGAUUGUCUGGACAGUGAACAAAGGUGACAAGUUUUUGAAGAAACAAGAAGUGCGCCAUCGAGUGGUGGAUAAUUACGGGCCGUAUAAUGAUGUCCAAAUUGUGGAUAUCAACAAUGACGGUAGAUUUGAUGUGCUGACUUCUGUUAUCAAAAGAGGCGGUGGUCGAGGUCACGUGCUCGCCUACCAAGUUCCAGAUGACUUCCUCCAUGGUCAGUGGAAGAGAAACGUAAUCGCGGCUGGUUUUGAUAUUGACGGCUCCCCGGGUCGUGCUCAGGCUUUCUGGCCCGAUCCAAAGACUCGAGGAAAUUCCCGCCCGCAUGUUUUUGUCUCCGGCUCAGCCGAUGGAGGAAGCUACAUUCUAGAGCCAAAGGGCAACAAAGGCUUCGCAUUCUCGAAAAUGGUCGCUGCGCCGAGUUAUGGAAGAAUUGGACUCUUUGAUAUUGCAGAUAUUACUGGAGAUGGCCGACCGGAAAUCAUCAUCCCUCAAGAAGACAAAAUCCACGUGUACACCUUCCCAAAAGUCAGCAACAAAAAAUCGAAAGACUUUACAAGCCACAAUCCAAUGGAAACAGUGGAGAAUCCGAAGCUUGGUAUCAUUCCUAAAACAAGAUAUCAGGACAACUCCCCAAAGAAAUCUUCUCUUCAAAAUCGAGUUCCAAUGAUGCCGGGUGCGUUCCCAAUGAUGCCGAAUGGCAUGCCAAUGAUGCCACCUAUGCCACCAAUGUUACCAAAUGGAAUGAUGCCGAUGCUUCCAAAUGGUUUCCCAAUGUUUCCACCUGGAAUGCUUCCUCCUCCAGCCGGUUUACCAAUGAGCCCAGCGAUAAUGCCAAAAGCACCGAUGCAACCAAAGAAAAAACUGCCAACUAAGCUGGUAGAAGGACCAAAAGUGAUGUUAAAAUCGACCGAUCUUACCUCCCCAGAACAGAAUAAGACUUCAACAAACGGUCCACCGAUGCCGUACGAGACAUCAGAAGAAGGAGAAAUCAUGCCAGGACAAAACACAGUCGAAGAAAGAAUUUUCUUUGAUCACGAAAUGUUUUCCGUCACUUCUGGAGUUUACGAUGGCCAAAGUCUUGCUGGCGAAGAGUGUGUUGCUAUGGGUCGACAGCUCUGUACCCAAAAACAAAUUCUAAUGGGCUUAAACAUCGAAGAUCCAGGUAUCAAAUCGUGGCUUCUCUACGACUCUCGUGGCAAAGGCCCUCGACUGGCGAGGAUGAAAUCUUGCAACGUCGCCGAUGUUCUUUGGGAGGGUUACGAGUGCAUCAACGGAGUUCUCGAAACGAGCGCAAUCAAAAAGGCGGUUCUUUCAAACGGGCUUUGCUGUGGAGUAAUGGCCGGGGCAACUCUUACUGACUCGUAUUUUCCACAUAAGCAACUUGCUGAAAAAGGAUGCAAACAACAAGACAAGCAAUUAUGCCAGGCUGAUGAACUGCUGAAAAUUUGGGGUUACUCAACAUUAAAAUCACCUUUCUGGGGUUGGAUCGCGGAAGGAAAAUUGGCGAAAAUGGCGAAAAACUGCGACCCAAAUUCGGUUUUGUGGAAUGGAUACACUUGUUUCGCGGGAAAAAUUGAAAUCACUGCGCCAACAAGUGAAAUUUCUUCCAAUGCUCCUGCCUACUGUUGCGAUAACAAUCUGAAGCCCGGCUUCAAGAAGAGCUCUGGGAAAACAGCUAUUUUCUCAUCUCUUCUUGCAGUCAUAACAACGGUUUUCCUACUGUAA